CAAAAAAAUACCCACACGUCCCGUUUGAGAAUUCAUGGAUUACGCUGUUAAUUCAAAUGCUGCCAAUCUUUGUCCCUAUUGUAGAGUAGAAACAGAGAUUACAUACGAUGACGACAAUGGCGACGUCAUUUGUGACUGCGGUCUUGUACUGCGGUCUAGGAUAGUGGACGAAGGGAAAGAUUGGCGUAAUUUUGCCGAAAGCGGCAAAGAUAGGGCUCGAACCUCGACGGCAGAUUCGGUUGGGCAGCUGAGUACUUGGAUUGCUCAAGACUCAGGUGAUUCUGCCCUUCUUUCUCAGCUCGCUAAAAAUAACUACCGGAUUCAGGCAGAUCCGAAGCGGCGUAACAUAGAUGACGCAGAUCGUAUGAUUGAACAUUUCGCGGAAACUAUGAGGCUCACACCCGAACUCAAAAACAAGGCUCGGAACAUUUAUGCCAAAUAUGAGGAAAAGCGAGCUAAAACAAUGCGAAAAGGAAACAAUCCUGGCCUGAUCGUUGCUAUAAUUUACAUGGCAUGUAAGGAACUGCAGGUGGGUCGAUCCUUUCGAGAAAUUUCUCGCGGAACCGGUGUUGAUGAAAAAGAGGUUCGAAAAUUUAAGCGAAAUAUUGAGAAAUUACUCAAGGACUUUGGCAACGGCGUGACGACCGUUGUGACGUCCGUCAAGCCACAUGAGCUAGUAGAGCGCUUUUGUAAUAGGCUAAGACUCGCGGAGGGAGAAAUCCCCAUGCCCGUGAUCUUUGGUGCAGUAAAGAUUGCGAAAGAGUCAACGGAGAAACUAGAAGGAAAGCAACCUGGGUCUAUCGCCUGCGCUUCUAUUCUAAUGGCCACAAAAGUCGUUGGAAUCCGUUGUAAUGAUAAAGAUAUAGCCAACGUCGCCAAAAUCUCGCCGACAACAGUGAGGAGUGUAUACAAGGAACUGAAAUUGUACCAAUCACAAGUUGUUCCACAGUCACUCAUUGAAUAUGCAAAAGCUCACGGUAACAGUCAAAAUGGGAUUUUGCCGCCAAGUCCCUAGUUGAAGAAUGCAAUUUGUCACUUUCGUUUU